AUGUUUUUAGAGCGGAAAGCGACUCCACCGCCAGGCAGCACGGAUUGCGCCACUUGGGGCUCGUGUGAGCCGGCCGCCGGAGCUGCUGCUGCUGCUCCUGCCCCUGGCGUGGCUUGCGGAGCCGCCGAUGCGGCUGCGGUCGAUGUCGAGUCCCGCGCCCGCGGCGACGACUGGGCCCACUCUCACCCGCUUCUCCUUGCCGCCCACGUGGGCUACGAUGCUAUAGCCGAGCUACUGCUCGCCUGCAACGCCGAUCCAACUGCCACCACCAUCGGCCGCGACGACGGCGAGCUCGAUGCCGCCGUUCUUGCUGCUGCCGCUGGCCACGAUGUGUUUGUCAAUGACCGGCUCGGGACCAAGCUGGCGGUGCUCAUGAACGACGACGACACGGUCGGCGAGCUCAAGCUGAUGAUUGCGUCGCAGACGGGCCUGCAGCCGGAGCGCAUCCGCCUGCAGAAGGCCGACCGAGUAUACAAGGACCACAUCACACUCGGCGACUACGAGAUUCCCGACGGGUUCAACUUUGAGAUGUUCUACAACUAA